CCAAAACAAAUAUGAUGUUACAUAUAUAUUCUUGAGCUGAACAAUCGUGGACAAAGAAAUAUGAUGUUGAAAACAAGGUUUCUGUUCGCUCUGGUUUCUGCCAUAGCCAUAGCUUUUAUGGCUAAACAGAUGAUAUUGCAUUCAUAUUUGGCUGAAAUAAGUUUUGUUCAAUCUUACAGUAGUUAUCUAUUGAGAAAACACCAACAUGAUCAUAAACACAAUGAAAAGGCAGUAAAUUGUAAUGAGAUAAUUCCAUCUAUCAAUUGGGAUGAAUUGGAUUCCUCUAAUGUUUUGAUUGUGGAUCAAAAUGGGUGUGGGAACUAUUCUGUUGUGCAGUCAGCUGUGAAUGCAGUUGCAGACUAUAAUCCCAACCGCACUAUUAUUCUCAUUACUGCUGGUGUUUACACAGAGAAAGUAUACAUUCCACGAAGCAAGCCCAACAUUACAUUUCAAGGCCAGGGCUUCCUUUCCACUGCCAUAGUUUGGAAUGAUACAGCUAAUUCCUCAGGUGGUACAUUCUACAGUGGUUCUGUCUCAGUCUUCUCAGACAAUUUUGUUGCCAAGGAUAUAAGCUUCAAGAACUCAGCUCCAGCUCCCAACCCUGGUGAAGUAGGAGCUCAAGCAGUGGCUUUGAGAAUUGCAGGUGAUAAAGCAGCAUUUUAUGAAUGUGGCUUCUUUGGUGCUCAGGACACUCUUCUUGAUGAUAGAGGCAGACAUUAUUUCAGAUUAUGCUUUAUUCAGGGCUCCAUAGAUUUUAUAUUUGGCAAUGCCAGAUCUCUCUACCAUGGAUGUGUGUUGAAUUCUAUUGCAAAUCCAGUGACAAGCGGCUCUAAAACAAUAACAGGAGCCAUCACUGCACAAGGUCGAGGAUCUGCCUUAGAAAACACUGGAUUUUCUUUUGUGGCAUGCAUUGUCAGAGGCACUGGAAACAUUUGGUUAGGCCGUGCAUGGAGACCAUAUUCCCGAGUAAUAUUUGCAUAUUCUUAUUUUUCUGAUAUCAUUUCCCCGGAUGGGUGGAACGACUGGAAUGAUCACUCCAGAGAUAAAACUGUAUUCUAUGGGCAAUAUAGAUGUGCAGGAGCUGGAGCCAAUCAAACCAUGAGAGUAGCCUACUCAAGAGAGUUUAACGAUACAGAAGCUGCUCCCUUUAUUGACAUAUCUUACAUUGAUGGAGAUGAAUGGCUUUUUCGUUCAGUUCCUGCCUAUUUACACUUGCAGAAAAGUAGCCCAUCAAAGGAAUGUGCCUUAACAUGACAGGGACCUUGCUUAUGAUUAAUUCAUCUAUAUUGAAGUCCCCUUUCUGUGGGCCACUGAGGAAGAACCCAGCUAUACUCCAUAUUUAGUGAAUAUGUUGAUCUGGGUAAUUAAUUGCAGAAUAAGGAAUAUAGUGAUCUGGAUUUCUGCUUCACCAACAGUUUUGGCCCUUGGGCCUUAUAAUUCUUAUUUCUUUUUAAAUAAGAAUGCUUUUUUUCUGAUU